UAUGUUUAAUUUAGUCAUUCAGUCAGAGCUCCCCUGCAGCUAAUUCCUUUCAGAGGUAUUAAAUUGAGGUUGCCCAUAGUAACUCUAUGUUGUUGCUCUGGCUAGUUCCUAUCUGUUGCUUGGGAAGCAAUGCUUUUCUCGAUUUUGUACUUGUUCAGAUAAAGACAACCAAGAUGGCUCAGGUAAAUAUUAAUAGAUCUGCUUCACAUUUAGGAUUGUCAUCCAGGUUUCCCAAAUUACACCAUCCUUUAUCAAGGUUGGGCGAUCCUGAAGCUGUUUCAGUACAGGGUAUUUCCACAAGCAGAGGAAGAUUUGCUUCUCAGAAGCUCAGGGAUAGUAGGAUGUCAUUGAAAUUCAGUGUCAACACAUCGGAAAAGAGUGAAUCUGGAUCUGCAUUGGAACAUGCGUUAAAAAUGCACAAGAUGGAACAGCUGGACAACUGGAGGAAACUGGAUCGUUGGUUAAAUCUCAAAAAGCAGUGGGCUUGUGACCCCAGAUCGGUUGACCAUGAUUCUCAAACAGUUAUCUCACCAAGGCCUGGAACACAGAUGAGACUAAAAAUUGACGAGCUUCAAUAUCAACUGCAUGAAAAGAUCAGAUCAGGUGGAUUUUACAGCCUCAAGCAGCUUUUCCAUGCAAACGACCCAACCGGCAGGGGUCACGUGACAAGAGAAGUCUUGUUGACAGUUCUAACUCGAUUUCUGAAACGAUUUAUUGCUACAAAUGAGUUCUAUCAUCUUCUGCUCAGGCUUAAACUUAAUGAAAAGACUGUCAUUACUUUUGAAAACUUCUGUUCGCAUUUCAAAGAACAAGAACCAAAGGGUUAUCCAGCUUGGAUGGAUCCUGUGAAAAGACCCAAUGAAAGCAAAAUGCUGAGUUCAACACAAGCUCAUUUGCAGCUGAAGGCAAUGGUGAUGGAAAGACCUCUGGAAGUGAGAGAUCUUUUCACUAAGAUGGAUAAUGGCAGAAUGUUUCCAGCCACAUUCCAAAAUGCCUUGCAUCAGCUAGGAAUAGAAAUGGAACAUGAGGAAUUCAAAAAACUAUUGAAGAGGUAUGACCCCCAUGAAACUGGAACUGUUAAAACCGACAGUCUACUGAGAACACUGGGCUUCCAGGCUAAAAGCAAUCAAGGUGAAGAAGGAAACAAAACUUCGUUAGCUCUUGGCAAGACAAAACGAUUCAGGUUGUCAGAAGAUCAGCCCAGGUUCUCGGCUAGAAACCCAUCCAAAGCAGAAAGAGAGAGGAAGUUGACACUGGACAUUGAGAACUGGUUGAAGGAAAAAUUUAGAGAAGGUUUCAAAAGCAUGAAGACUGACUUCUGUUACUAUGACCAAGACAAUUCUGGAAAGGUAACCAGGGAAAACUUUUUGCACGUCCUGAAAAAAUUUGACCUGCGACUCAAAGAAGAUCAAUUAAAUACUUUCCUUGUGCGUUGUGGCCUUCAAGAAGAUGCACCAAAUGUAAAUUAUAUAGAAUUUCUUCACAAUUUCCAAGACAGAAGUAAAAACGGGAUACCUCACAGGAUUAUAACUGAUGAAAAUCACAGAUUUAAUAAACUCAGCAGUUAUGGCUCACAAUCCUCAGUGACUGCUUUGGAAGCGAAACUAAUGAAUCUUUUGCAUUAUGAAUUCCUUACACUUUUAGGACUUUUUCAUAAAAUUGACAACAAGAAGCUAGAUGUAAUCAGCCAGCAGGACUUCUGGGCAGUCUUAAACAGCAGGUUUAGUAUCAACAUGACUGAUGAAGAAAAGAAUUAUUUGAAGAAUAGGAUACCGCUUGAUUACCAAGGGAAUGUAAAAUAUCUUGAAUUCAUGUCCCUGUUUGACAAAUGCAAAGGAGCAAGGAGUCUUUUGGGUGACAAGUCCAUGAUGACGAACCUCAGCAAGGAACAGCCAGUGAGGAAGGAGCACAGUUCAGCAACAACCACAGAUCGGAUCACAAAAAUUAUACAGAAUCUUUUGAAGAAGCAUUACGGAAUGGUCGAAGAAAGUUUUAAUAAGCUGGAUACAAUGAACACAAAGCAGCUUUCUCCUGAAUCAAUGUACCAGCUAAUGAAGCAGUUCGACAUUCACCCGCCAAUCUCUCGGGAUGAAAUCAGUAUGCUCUGGAGCACCAUAAUUACUGGCCAGAGCAAUACUUUGGAUUUCCAUCAGUUUGUUCGUCACUUUGGCUUCUCACCUAAGUCAGCUUGUUUCCCAAAUGCAAAAUUAUAUCCACCAGUUAAAGGUGACAGCGACUUUCUGAUACGAUCCAGAAAGCUGAACUGUGACACCGACAUCAUUGAGAAUAACCUGCAAGCCAAGGUUCAGCUCUUGCUGAAUGAUCUUUGGACAAGCUUUCGUGAGUUGGAUCAAUUUAAUACUGGUUUUGUUAGCAAGGAAGAAUUCAAAGACAUCCUUAUGGACCUUUGUGUGGCACUGAAUGAUCAGGCCUGUGAAGCGAUCACCAGCAAGUUUGACCAUGGGCAGGACCGGAUCUCUUAUGUCGAGUUUCUCCAGCCAUUUGAGGAUCAAAGGAAAUCAUUCAGGCUUGACAACUCAAAGACGCAAAAGCAGUCGCAGCCAGAAUUUGCAGGGUACACAGAAUCUGUGCAUAGAGGUCUGGGUACCAUUACAGAAAAACUUCGAAGGAAGUUAGCGGGCAACUGGAAAACAUUGGACAGAGUCUGUAAAAAACUGGAUUGUGCUAGCACUGGAUUUCUUACGCUGCCUGAAUUUCGAUCUGUUCUUCAACUCUGCAAUAUAGUGUUGGAUGAAGAGGAAAUAUACCAGUUAAUGUCAAAAUACGAUGACGAUAUGGUUGGUAAAAUUAAAUAUUCAAAACUUCUCAACAAAAUUUACAAGACUCCAUAAACACAUUUCAUUUUAAUUGUUCUGUGUGUAUUUGUUGGUAUUGUGAU